GAACAACUUCAUGGAGCCCGGAUUAAGAGCGCCCAGCCUCAGCAGACGCGGAAGGAAAGCAGGGUGUGUGCAUCUAUCUAAAUUUACACCAAGCCGAGGCAGGGGGCAAUGACUUCUGGGGCAUCAGUGACAGCUGCAGCAGCCUGAAGGGGACUCCAGCUGAAGCCUCGCCUCCUAAGUCCCUCCCCUGGGCCCUCCCCUUCCCCACCCCGGGCCAGGGACUCCGCGAGGGCCACCGGGAGAGGUCGCUACCUGGAAGAGAAGUUUGGCUUUGGGAGCUUUGCAACGAUUUCCCUCCCUCCGGCAGGACUAGGCUGGGCCGUCAGGUCCGCGUCGGCGCGUUUCUUGGGCUGCAGUUGCUGGGAGGCUGCAACCAGCUGCACGAUGUGGCGGGUAGCGACGCGAUUUUGUGGGUUAAAUAAGGGACGGGCGAAUCUUGGCAAGAUACUUGGCCAAGAGACAUUUAAUAACAGAACCAAGGGAACUUUCCCUAUGAAAGAAGCAGGCUCGCCUAUUCCUAUGACUGAUGUUCGGAAUAAACUUCGGGACAUAGUAGGAAUAUCCACACACUGGAGUGACCAUGUGAAAACAAUGGAGGAGAGAAAGUUACUUCAUAGUCUUUUGCCUAAGAACCAGAAAGAUCUGCCUCCAAAGAGGAUGAAGGACAGUUAUCUUGAAGUCAUUUUGCCUCUAGGAACUCAGCCUUUGUUACGGGAGAAAUAUUUGACAGUAUUCAAUAGUGUAAGAUUUGGCAGGAUUCUUGAGGAUCUUGACAGCUUAGGAGUUCUUAUUUGCUAUACUCACACUAAAAUGGAUUCUGUCCAGAUGUCCCCGUUCUCUAUCGUGACAGCCUUGGUUGACAAAAUUGAUUUAUGUAAGAAGGUCAUAAGUCCAGAAUGUGAUAUUAAGUUCACUGGACAUGUGAGCUGGGUUGGAAAGACAUCUAUGGAAGUCAAGAUGCACAUGUGUCAGUUACAUGAUACAGUUUACCAUCCUGUCUUGGAUGCAACAUUUGUAAUGGUGGCCCGUGAUUCUGAAAACAAAGGGCCAGCUUUUAUAAAUCCACUAAUACUUGAAAGUCCAGAGGAAGAGGAACUCUUCAAGCAAGGAGAAUUGAAUAAAGGGAAGAGGAUUGUCUCCAGCACUGCAUCCUUAUUGAAGAUGGCUCCCACUACAGAAGAAAGAAAUGCAGUUCAUGACAUGUUCCUUAACACACUGGACCCGAGGAGUAUAAGUUUUCAAAGUCGAAUUUUGCCUCCUGAUUCAGUAUGGAUGGAAGAUACAAAAUUGAAGAGCCUACACAUAUGCCAUCCUGAGGAACGGAACAUUUUCAAUAGAAUCUUUGGAGGCUUCCUUAUGAGAAAAGCAUUUGAACUUGGUUGGGCUACUGCUUGUAAUUUUGUGGGUACCAGACCUUUUCUAGUUGCUGUAGAUGAUAUUAUGUUUCAGAGCCCUGUUGAAAUUGGAUCACUGUUAUUCCUUUCUUCCCAGGUUUGUUUUACUGAAAAGAACCACAUUCAAGUUAGAGUACACAGUGAAGUUUCUUUUCCUGGUUCUAAAGAACACAAGACUACCAAUGUCUUCCAUUUCACAUUUUUUGUUGAAAAAGAUGUGCCAUUGGUGAUUCCCAAAACUUAUGGAGAUUCCAUGUUAUAUUUAGAUGGUCAGCGACAUUUCAUGUCUACAACAUCAAAAAACGGUUGGAAAAAAUAUUAUCCAGUGACACCCUAAAAAAUGCAACCUUUUGGAAAUUAAGGAUGAGAGAGCAUUUAAGGAGGGUAGGAAAAGAGUUGUGAGACUAAAAAAGCAUUCUUGUCUUCCUGGAGAAGGAUCACCUGUAAGAACUUCCAGAAAAGAGGUUUUUGAUUAAAAAAAAACCCUUCUUAAUCUAAAUUAUGUUCAUAACUUAAUUCAGUACUAUAUUGCUUCUGUUUUCUUCUCUGCCAAAGAAGCAGAACAAGAUGAUUUUUUCUAAAUACUUGUGACAUUAUUUUGGUUGCACAUGUAUUACAAUAUCACCAUUAAAAAUUCAGUCUAAUCAUUUUA